AUGUCGUUCGAACACAUCCUCCCCCGAUCCCUGGAAGACGAUGAAACCAGGGAUCUGUACGAAGCCUACGAGAUCGAGCUGCACAACUCGGCGGGGGGCUCCAUCCGCUUCGGGGACUUGAUCGCUGGGAAGGGGUUGAAUAUCACGACGCUGGUGAUUUUCAACUACGUCCGCAACGUCUCCCACCACCUGACCGACAACCUCCUCAGUACCCUCCCACAAACCGGUCCCUCGCAGGUCAUCAUCAUCGGUUGCGGCGACCCCGCGCGCAUCGUGCCCUACGUCGCCGAGACCGCUGCUAAAUUCCCCGUGUACACCGACCCGACAGGGCGCAUCUACUCGAAGUUGCAUAUGAAGCGCACUGUGGAUGGCAUCACGCGUCCGCCGGCGUACACGGAGGUCUCGUUUGUGCGGGCGUUGGGGCGUACCCUCAGACAGAUGUUUUCAGCGGGCGGUCUGUUGAGGGCGUUUCGUGGCGGGCCGUGGAAUCUGAAUGGGGGGGAGUGGGUGUUUCGUGGGGGUAGGUGCGUGUAUAUGCAUCGCAUGGAGAGUUUGGGGGAUCAUUUGACGGCGCAUCAGUUGCUGGAGGUUUUGGAGCAGGAGGGGAGUGGGAAGGGGUGA